AUGAAUGACGACGACGACGAUUUACGACUGUUAUCGCACCAAGGACCGAUUGCAGGUGCACGUUCACAACAAUCGGAUGGCAGCAGCGGCGGCGGAGGAGGAGGAGGAGGAAUUCCACUUCGGUCUCAAGGUUCAACAGUUGGAGGGACACAAAGAAAUAGCCAAGGAGGAGGAGGACGACGACGACAACAGCAAAGAAAAAGAAAGGCAGGUCCAGGAUUGGUAACAUCCGUCAAAGACUUUGUCAAUGGAUUAUUGGGACGACCCGGCUCGGCAUCGGGUACGGCUGGUGAAGGCGGCGAACGUAUCAUCCACCUCAACAAUCCAGACUUGAACGACGAUCAACGGUUCCUGCACAACAGAAUCUUUACUGCGAAAUACACCGCCAUUACCUUUUUGCCAAGAUUCUUGUAUGAAGAAUUUUCGAAAUAUGCCAAUCUGUUCUUUUUGUUCAUUUCUGGUAUUCAGCAAAUUCCGGAUAUUUCACCCACGUCGCGUUGGACCACGUUGGUACCAUUGUGUAUUGUCUUGUUCAUUACUGCUCUCAAGGAAAUUGCAGAGGAUUGGGGUGUGCACCGUUCAGACGCAGAGCUCAAUGCCAGAAAAUGCAAAGUACUCGUUGGAACGGAAUUUGUCGAGAAAUCUUGGCGGGAUGUCAAAGUCGGUGAUGUGCUCCGUAUUGAAAGUGGAGAAAACUUCCCCGCUGAUUUGGUCUUGGUCAGCAGUUCAGAACCGGAAGGUCUUUGCUAUGUGGAAACCAGUAAUUUGGAUGGUGAAGUCAAUUUGAAGAUCAAACAAGCGUUGACCCAGACAAGUAAUAUCCUCGAUCCUAUCGAAAUGUCCAGGGUGCAGGGUGUCAUCAAAUGCGAACAACCAAACAAUCGUCUGUACAACUAUGAUGGUGUCUUGUCAGUGUCCUCCAUGGAUGAAGUUGGAAAAACACGGGAUUUCGCAUUGGAUCCUACCCAAUUGUUGCUACGUGGCGCUCAGCUCCGAAACACAUCGUGGAUUUAUGGCAUUGUUGUAUUCACGGGUCACGAGACCAAACUCAUGUUGAAUUCCAGCAAAAAACCAUCGAAAAUGUCCAAUGUCACCCACAUCACCAAUCGAAACAUUCUGUAUCUGUUUGCCAUUCUGGUAUUGAUGAGCAUUGCCUGUUCCUGUGGUGGUCUUGGAUUUGCUAUCAAUCGAAGUCAUGAAAUGGGCUAUCUUCCAUUCGAAGAUCAAAAUCGAGCUGCCGAGUUUGGCUAUGAUAUUUUGACGUUUUUGAUUCUGUUUAACAGUUUCAUCCCAAUCAGUUUGAUGGUCACUAUGGAAAUUGUUAAAUAUGUUCAAUCACUCUUGAUUGAAGCUGAUUUGGACAUGUAUUAUGAAAAGACGGAUACGCAUGCCGUUGCCCGUAGUAGCAGUUUGAUUGAGGAACUUGGUCAGGUCAAGUUUGUAUUCUCGGACAAGACAGGGACAUUGACUUGCAAUGAGAUGCAAUACCGACAAGCAUCCAUUGCUGGCUUAUCGUAUGCAGACAAGGUUGAUUCGGACAAACAAGCAAGAGAUGGAUCAGACGACCCAACAUUGCAGUACACAUUCAAUCAGUUGCAAGAACAUCUAAAGAAGCACCCGACAGCCAAUGUUAUUAACGAGUUUUUGAUCUUAUUGGCUUGUUGUCAUACUGUUAUUCCUGAAAAACCCAAUGGUGAUGAUGAUAUUGUUUAUCAAGCUUCUUCUCCUGACGAAGGUGCUCUUGUCAAGGGCGCAAGUACUCUUGGUUACACUUUUCACACACGUCGACCCAAUUCAAUCACUUGCAAUAUCCGUGGCCAAGAUAUGGAAUUCCAAGUUUUGAAUAUUUGUGAAUUUAACUCUACCCGUAAGCGUAUGUCCGCCAUUAUCCGUGGGCCAGAUGGCAAGAUCAAGCUGUAUUGUAAAGGUGCCGACACUGUCAUUUUGGAACGUUUGGCCGAAAACAACCCCUUUAUUGAACCCACUCUGGUUCAUCUGGAGGAAUUCGCUUCCGAAGGUCUUCGUACAUUGUGUAUUGCCAUGCGCGAGAUUCCCGAGGAAGAAUAUACACGCUGGUCUCAGAUUUUCGACAAGGCUUCAACCACGUUGGUGAACCGUUCAGAAGAAUUGGACAAGGCUGCGGAAAUGAUUGAACAGAAUUUGUUUUUGUUGGGUGCUACGGCUAUUGAAGACAAGUUGCAGGAGGGUGUGCCAGAUACCAUCUAUUCGCUGCAAGAAGCCGGUAUCAAGGUCUGGGUCUUGACGGGUGAUCGACAAGAAACGGCUAUCAAUAUUGGCUACUCUUGCAAACUGUUGAACGAAGAGAUGAGUUUGAUUGUUUGUAAUGAGGACAAUCACUGGGACACAAAGAACUUUUUGGAAAAGAAGUUAAAAGAGAUCAAUGACGUGCUGAAUCGUGGUGAUGAACUCGAGCCCUUGGCAUUGAUUAUCGAUGGUCGAGCACUGACGUUUGCGCUGGAAAAAGACAUUGAAAAGAUCAUGUUUGAUUUAUCCGUCAUGUGUAAAGCCGUGAUCUGUUGUCGUGUGUCCCCGCUUCAAAAGGCCCUUGUUGUCAAACUUGUGAAGAAAUACGACAAGUCGAUUCUGUUGGCCAUUGGUGACGGUGCCAACGACGUAUCGAUGAUCCAAGCUGCUCAUGUCGGUGUCGGCAUCAGUGGUGUCGAAGGCUUACAAGCUGCUCGAAGUGCUGAUUUUGCUAUUGGGCAAUUCCGCUUCUUGAAGAAACUACUGCUCGUCCAUGGUUCUUGGGCAUACCAGCGUCUCAGCAAGAUGAUCUUUUAUUACUUUUACAAGAACAUUGCUCUUUAUUUGACACAGUUCUGGUAUGCAUUCUAUAACGGCUUUUCCGGAACAACCUUUUAUGAAUCGUGGACCAUGUCUUGCUUCAAUGUCAUUUUUACGUUUUUGCCUCCUCUGGUGAUUGGUAUCUUUGACCAGUUUGUGUCUGCACGAUUGUUGGACAAGUACCCACAAAUGUACAUGUUGGGUCAAAGCAACGAAUUUUUCAACCAACGAAGAUUCUGGGGUUGGUUUGCCAAUGCCGUAUACCAUUCUCUUAUCCUCUUCUUCCUUGGUGUUGCCGCAUUCAGUGAGGAUGGUGUCUUUGCUAACGGUCUGGUUGGCGGCCAAUGGUGGGCUGGCACGGCAGUGUUCACUGCCGUCCUUGGCUGUAUCUUGUGGAAGGCUGCAUUGAUUACAGACACAUGGACCAAAUAUGCAGUGAUUUCACUUGUGGGCUCCAUGGCGGCAUGGUACAUUUUCUUGCCUGUCGUAUCUUACAUUGGUCCUGCCAUCUCCAGCGGUGUGUUUCCCGAAUACAAGGGAAUGGUUCCUAUGCUGUGGGGCAACGUCAACUUUUGGAUGUUUAUCAUUCUGGUACCACUUAUUUGUAACCUACGUGAUUUCUUGUGGAAAUAUAUCAAACGCAUGUAUCGUCCAUUGCCAUAUCAUUUCGUCCAAGAGAUCCAGAAAUACAACCUGCCCGAUUAUCGACCUCGCAUGGAUCGGUUCCGUCAAGCUGUCAACAAGGUUCGAAGGAUACAACGGUUGAAGAGAAACCGUGGUUAUGCGUUUUCUCAAAACGACAGCGAUCAAAACAAAAUCAUCCGUGCUUACGAUACGACGGUGCAAAAACCUCGAGGCUAA